UUGUGCACGCCUCCUUGUUUGUUGUAUCUGAUUCUGCGACUGUGCAGAUGACGCACUGGUGUUUAGUGUGGAAAGAUGGCUCCUUUUCCGGACGAGGUGGAUGUUUUUACUGGCCCACACUGGCGAAUGAAGCAGUUGGUGGGCCUAUACUGCGAAAAGCUGUCAAAAACCAACUUCUCCAACAACAAUGAUUUCCGCUCAUUUCUUCAGUCGCUGUGCGCCACCUUCAAGGAGUUCAAGAUGCAUGAACAAAUUGAGAAUGAGUACAUCAUCGGCCUGUUGCAACAGCGCUGCUGCACUGUGUACAAUGUGCACUCUGACAACAAACUCUCAGAGAUGUUGUCCCUCUUUGAAAAAGGGUUGCACAACGUUAAGAGUGAAUAUGAGCAGCUUAACUAUGCCCAGCAGCUGAAGGAGAGACUAGAAGCUUUCACACAAGACUUUCUGCCCCACAUGAAGGAAGAAGAAGAGGUGUUUCAGCCUAUGCUUAUGCAGUACUUCACCUACGAGGAGCUUAAGGACAUCAAGAAGCAGGUGAUAGCACAACACUGCAGCCAGCACCAAUGGGACUGUGCCGCCGAGGUGCUGAAGGGCUUCAGUUUGUGGAGCCAGGCAGAGGAGCUGCAAAAGGCCUUUAAAUAUGCCGACCACGAGAAGACAGAUUAUGAACUGGAAAAGAACAGGAAUUCUUCAACCCACAUCUCCCAGCUUCCUACCGAAAUUAUGCUGAGGCUGUUCCACUAUUUGGACCCUGAAGAUCUGUGUCGCUGUAGUCAAGUGUGCAGCUCUUGGUCAGAGCUGGCUAAGACCGGCUCUCUGUGGAGGCACCUCUACCCUGUGCACUGGGCCAGAGGUGAUUAUUAUAGUGGCCCCCCUGGGGAUCUGGACCAGGAGCCAGAUGAUGAGUGGGUGAAGAGUCGGCAGAAUGAGGGGCAGGCCUAUCAGAAAUGGGAUGAGGAUGCUGAUGUUGAUGAGUCUGAUGUGUCGGACCAUACACAGGGCUCCCUGGCAAUUAACACUGCUCAGCGAGAGAAGAGGCUUCUGCAUGGGAUUAUCCAGAACCUCCUGCCAUCUGUGGGUCCGUCCGUCAGGUCCAUUGUUUUGGCGUACAGUUCUACAGUCUCUAGUAAAAUGGUGCGCCAGAUCCUCAGUUUCUGCCCCAAUAUUACUCACCUGGACCUGACCCAGACUAAUGUUACAGAUAGUGCAUUUGACAGCUGGGCGUCUCUCGGGGCUUGUCUCUCUCUGGAGCACCUGGAUUUGUCGGGGUGUGAAAAGAUUACUGAUCACACCAUCAAGAAACUGUCAGUUGGGCUGGGUGACCUCACAUCCUCCACCUGCUUUGACAAACGUUUGGACCGACGGGCCAAGCUUCUUAAAAGUUCCUCAAUACCCAUCACUCUGGUGGAAGAGAGGAACCUUUAUCCAGUGGGACGAAAGCGGCAGGCCAUCAUUUUCAAGCCGGGGACUGGCCGUUGGGGCGCUAACUGCACCCCCACGCCAGUGUGGGUCCUGGACCCCUCAGACCUUGCUGAUAUUGAAGACGCUGCAGAUUGGAGCCGCCGCGGUGGGGUGUCUCUUCCUGAAGCAGAAAGCCUUGUAGAGACACAGCUUGCGGGAAGCUCGUGCUGUUGCAGGAGGAGCAGGAGGCGCGGGCACAGGACUGGCUCAAAUGCCUCCUAUUUGCAUCAGCAGUAUGCAAUGUCUGGGGAAAUGUUUUGUGGUCACUCCACCUGCUGCACGACUAGUGACAUGGCCCUCAGGACUUUUACUGGGCCACGGUGCGAGUCGGGCACCACCAGAAGCAGUACUGCAGAGUUUCGGACUAAAUGCUCCUCGUUUGGGGGGCUGCAGUGCCUGGGGCGUCAAAACAGGACUGACCAGUCAGCGGCCAAACGCUCACUGAGGUUUCUCAGCCUUUCUGGAUGCUAUCAAGUCACAGAUUUGGGCUUAAGGGCUCUGUCGCAGCGUGGAGGGCUUCCUUUCCUGGAGCAUCUCAACCUGUCUGGCUGCCUCCUCAUCACUGAGGUGGGGCUGCAGGAACUGGUGUCAGCCUGUCCUUCCCUCAAUGAUGAGCACUUCUAUUACUGCGACAACAUCAACGGUCCUCACGCAGACACGGCCAGCGGCUGCCAGAACCUGCAGUGUGGCUUCAGGGCCUGCUGUCGCUCUGGAGAGUGAUCCCGCCAAGCAACACCUUUCGUAAAAUGUCACAUCUCCUUUUAAUUGCACUUUAUCCUGGGAAUACCAGUUUUGUGUCACUUCAAAAGUGUUUCUGGACAAAACUAAGUUUGCUCCCGUUAUUUCCAUUUCCAUCUAUAUUAAAUGGAAAUAUUCCUUAAGAAAAGGAAAAUAUAAGGUGAAAAUGGAUUUGAAGUGUAUGAAAAUGUACAUUCUGUUUCCGGUUUUGGUUUAAAAAAAAUAAAAGUAACUAGAGACGCGUAAACACCAAGGCACCAAACAUGUUUCUUUUGUCCCUAAAACUAUACUGAUUUAUAUAAGUCUUCUUCAGCCCCGGUUGUGUUUUAGUUGAUAUAUUUCUAAUCAGCAUAGUGUAGACGGACAUCCGAAUCAAUUAAACAAGCUGUCAUUUGUUGGAGAUGGUGACGUACAAUAAAUCAGGAGUGACUUUAUUGCUGCUCCGCCUUAGAUUGAAGCUGUCAUUUUGUUGACUGUUACAGGUCAGAAUGAUUAUAGUCCCACUGUACAUGUGUUUUCUGUUGAUGUUGGAACAGUAGCCAUUGAUACACCAGGCAUAAGACACCAGUAAAGGAUGUACAGAGAUAGGAAUUGGUACAUGAUGUUGCAGUGUAGUCUUAACAUUUUUGUUCCUAGGCACCAAAAAAAAAAAGCUCUUGGCUUUUAUUUUUCUUUAUGCACUCCAAUGUUGUGGGAAACAAUGGACCAAUGUUCAUACAAGAAGGAUUUUUAGAGAAGCUUAAAGAAGAUUAGGAAUAUUACCCUUAGAUUGGUAGAAGUCUACGGUGUUCUGUUUUCAGUAGAUUGUACUUCAUCUUUAAUCGUUAUGCUGCAGGAUGAUUUUUUUUUCUCUCAAAGUCUUGCAUGAGGAGUUCCAUUGAAAAUGUUCAAUUCAUAAACAGAAUAAUAAAAGGUAUCUUGGAGUUAAAA